UUUCGAUGGACCAUAUACCGAAUUUCACUUACGAAGCAUCACACACAGUGAAGAAGAAUUUAUAAAAUAAAUUUUUCUUUCUUCUGAUCGCGUGGUUUUUUUUCGUUUCAAAACUCAUCACAUUAUUAUUUGUGCGUGUAAAACUUUUACUCGUCUUCUCUUUUUCCAAUUCAAUAUGAAGUUGUUUGCUUUCGUGUGUCUCACAACUGUCGUGGUGCUUGCCUCUGGCCAAAGCAUCGACGAAUGCUUAAAUCAAGACAGUAUAUCAUGCAUUCAAAAGAGUAUUUAUCGGAAAGCAAAGGAAUUCUUUGACAAGGAUAGUUUUGAGAUUGUUAGCGGUGUCACAUUGGACAAGGCAAAAGACGACAGAUCAUCACGCUCGAAUAAGGAGGUACUCUACGAUCAGGAAAUUGACAGCGCCAAUAAUGUUGCCGAGAGACAAAAUGCCCUUGAAAAUUACGUUGGGGAUGGUAUCAGCGAUUUCUUCGCCGGACGCAGUCUCAAGAUCAACUUUGCACCAGCAAUUGAAAAGAUUGGCGAAUCUGCACGUGCUAUUUCGGAAUCUGUUCCCGCCGAAGUCCGUCAAGCCGUCAACGAAGUUGUUGAAGGACGUGGAAAGAAAAAGAUCCUGAAGCACAUCCUGCCUUUGUUGGUUGCUGCUAAAGUGAAAAUAGGUGCCCUCGCUGUUUUGGCCUACUUUGCCAUUGCCCUCAUCGCUAAGAAGGCAAUCUUCGCCUCCCUCAUAGCAAUUGCAAUUUCUGGAUUCUUAAAAUUAAAAUCCUAUUUCCAAGGUCAAGGUGGUCCCGGUAUCACUGGCUACAAUAACGGUUGGAAUUCAGCUUCCAGCAAUGCAUGGGCCGGUCCAUCAGUAUCAUCAGGUGCAUGGCAAUCCGGUUCAUCCGGUUGGGAUGCUGGUGCAAGUCAAGGAUUCUCCGGAUAUCAUUAAAAAACAUCAUCAGCAACAGCAAAAAAUUACAUUUUACAUUUAGUUAGAAGAAAAAAAAUCAUAUCGGUUUUUUCAUCAUUUAAUUUAUUCCAAUUUUUAUAGAAAAAUCAAAAAAAAACAUAAUCAUUUUUUUUUGUU